AUGAAAAAGGAGGUGAUUAGUUGUUACCAUGAUCAUCCAACAGCUGCACAUUUUGGUGUUAAUAGAACAUCUUGUGAAAAAUGUGCAAAAUUUAAUAUUCGUCGAACAGCUCCACCAGGUCAUUUACAUGCAAUUGAAUAUCCACAAGGUCCUUUAGAAUUAAUAUCUAUGGAUUUUUGGGGUCCAAAACCACAAUAUUCGAUUAAUGGUAAUAGGUAUGUUCUUGUUAUUACGGAUUAUUAUACUAAAUACGUCGUAGCAUGUCCACUUCCUAAUAAUACAGCAACAUCAACAGCAAAAUCUUUCGUCGAACAAUUUAUAUUUAAAUUUGGUAUCCCUCGUCGAGUUGUUACUGAUCAAGGAGUUCAUUUUAAUAAUGAAUUAAUGCAAAAUUUAACAAUGUUAUUAGGAACCAAUCAUAUACAAACCAGUGCAUAUCAUCCACAAUCCAACGGGCUAGUGGAGAUAUUUAAUGCAACUUUCCAUCCUCAAUUAUCGAAAUUAUAUAAUGCAGAAUUAAAUGAUUGGGAUGAAUAUUUAGCUCCUGUAAUUUAUGCUUAUAAUACAGGAGAACAAAGUACAACUGGUUAUAGCCCGUUUCAAUUAAUGUUUGGUAGACAUCCUAUAUUACCUCUUAAUCAUACACCAGCGACAUUUAACUUCAAUCGACCGAAUGACUAUUGGAUGAAAUUAAUUAAAUGUAUGAACAUUUAUCGUCAAAUUGCUCGUCAAAAAACAUUAUUUCAUCAACAACAAUCGAAACAACGUUUUAAGAAAAAUAGCCAAAAUCCACAAUAUGAAAUAAAUGACUUGGUUUUUUACAAAGUACCUGGUCAUCGUGCAAAAUUGGAAGAGCGAUUUUCUGGUCCAUAUACGAUUGUCAACAAACAACAUCCAUCAUAUACAAUUCAAAAUAACGAUUCGUUAACAUCUAAACGUGUAUAUGUUAGUGAUUUAAAGCUUGUUUACCAACGUCAUCUUUAA